AUGCCUCCAGCCUCUAUAAACUCCCUAUCCCGAUCGGCCUUCCGAACCCUCUCUCGAAACGCCUUCUCCCUAGUUCGUCCGCUUCCAACUAGUACAACCCGUCGACUUGCUUCAAUACCUCUUUCCACGAUACGCCUCUCCUCAAACCAGUCGCCUUCAUCCGAGAACCCUGUGACCAGCACUUCCACAAAUGCAUCGGUUUCCCAGCACAAUAAAAAACCCCGUUUUGCCGUUCCUCCGCCCCCAAACCCCCCAAAACCCGAGUACGAAAUGACAUUUACAUGUACCCCUUGUUCCACGCGGUCCACGCAUCGAGUCUCGAAACAGGGCUACCAUUUUGGAAGUGUACUUAUUACAUGUCCUGAGUGUAGGAAUAGACAUGUCAUUAGUGACCAUUUAAAUUUUUUUGGCGAUAAAAAUAUAACGCUUGAAGACAUAAUGCGGGAAAAGGGCCAAAUUAUUAAGAAAGGCACGUUGAGUGAGGAUGGGAAUGUUGAGUUUUGGGAGGAUAGGAGAGUGAAUAAUACGAGGUCGAAUCCGCGCUCCUCGGAGGUGGAAACGGAAAGCACCAAGCAAGAGAGUUAG